UGGAGUCCAGUCCAUAAUGAAGGUCUUGGCAGCAGGUAAAUCCAACUGGCCCGUGCCAGCUUCCGCGUCCCUGCGGCGGGAGCGGCGGCAGCUUGGGGCGCUUGGCAAGCACCCGCGGGACGCCUCCCGCCGCAGACGCUCGGACACUUGGGGCGCCCGAGCAGCCCGCCCGGCCCGCCGGAGGCGCUGGGAGGCGACCGGGAGCGAGCGCGGCACAUGGUCCGGGCUCCGUGCGCCCAGCCCGCCGGGCUGCAGGUUGGAGGCGAGGGAGGGGGCCGAACAGCCUUCCUCCUCUUCGCUCCACCACUCUCCCGCGCUGCUGUUGCUUCUCCGCUUUCUCCAGGAUUCACCCUCCCUCUUUUCUUUUUCUUUCUUUCUUUCCGCUUUCUCUUUUCCAACUGCGUCCCGGGCUGCUCCCUGGGAGGGGCGCGGGCCGCUGAGCAGCUCGCAAACUCCGGCUCGGGACGGGAGCAGGUGCUGCCUCCAACUGCUAGUGCCUGGAAAGCGUGAGGUCUGCGCUAGGAGUCAUGCCCCUGCUGCUGGUUCUGCACUGGAAAUAUGGUGCAGGAAGCCCUCUUCCCUCUGUCAACGCCACCUGUGCCACGCGUCACCAAUGUCACAGCAGCGUCAUGAGCCAGAUCAGGAACCAACUGGCACAGCUCAAUAGCAGCGCCAAUGCCCUCUUUAUUCUCUAUUACACAGCCCAGGGGGAUCCAUUCCCCAGCAACCUGGACAAGUUGUGCGCUCCCAAUGUGACGGACUUCCCGGCUUUCCAUGCCAAUGGCACGGAGAAGGCCAAGCUGGUGGAGCUGUAUCGCAUCAUCGCCUACCUUGGUGCUUCCUUGGGCAACAUCACUCAGGACCAGAAGCUCCUGAACCCCAAUGCACUCAGCCUUCAUAGCAAGCUCAGUGCCACUGCAGAUGUUAUGCGGGGGGUCCUCAGCAAUGUACACUGCCGUCUGUGCAACAAGUACCACGUGGCACAUGUGGACGUGGCCUAUGGCCCCGACACUUCAGGCAAGGAUGUCUUCCAGAAGAAGAAGCUGGGAUGUCAACUGCUGGGGAAGUACAAGCAAGUCAUUGGCGUAGUGACUCAGUCCUUUUAGGUCUUGAAGUGUGUCACGGACUGAGGGAUCUCAGGAGCAGGAUCCAGAUGUGGGAGAUUCUCACAGUAUGGCUGGGCAUCAUUGAUGGGCAUCAUUUAUCCCAACUGGGGGCUGCUGGCAGCCCCCAAGGGGUUCCCAGCUUGUCAGGGCCUAUAUACAGCACUGCCCAGAAGGAGGCACCCUUCCUCUGGGAGACAGUAACCAGGGUGUCACACUGGGGAGUGACAUGUAGGGAGCAUUUCUGCUUCCACUUGUCCCCUCAGACCUUGCUCAAAUGGAACAAGUUGUCUAGAGCAGCCCCUGACAGUGAGGCCGUGAAGGGUGUCACCAGCUCCCAGUGGAAUGACGGCCAUUUGUGGCUUUGCCUUUCCUUAGGUAGACUUUGGAAGGCUUAGUUGGGACAUGGACAGGCCAGAGGGACUGAGGUCUUGAAGAACUCCUUGUCCCUUACAAAUUUAGUGGGUAGAAGAUAGAGAAGGGGUAGGAUGCUGUCUUCUUUUGAACAUGAUCAGAAAGCUUAGGCCUAGGUAUUGUCAGGUAGAAGGUUCCAGCUGGGCACUGGUAUUCAGGCUCUUGGGGAGGCAGAGAGGCCACCUUCAAGCCUGGGAAAGAAGAUGCUGGAAGGAAGAGAGGCCCCCAAAGCCUUGAUGGGCUCCUCUUCCUCUUCUCUGCACCUUUUUUUCCUACAGCCUGGCAUGGCCAGGAUCUCUGGUGGCUGGGUCUGGAAUCGGGUACAUGGAAGUGGGUAGGGGCAGGUUGCAGAGACAGGUGAGGAGGUCCAGAGGGGUCCUAGAAUCUUCCUCUUGGGGACAGGAAGGGGACAAGUAGCUCAGAGUAGCAGCUCACAUUGGAGGCCUGUAGAGGCCCUGUGAAGUCACACAAAGGUACUUGACGGGGACCAGAACCUGUUUUGAGUCCCUAGAGCAAAGGCCCACAGAACUUGAGGUCAGAGUCUCAGAGAAGCCUGAGAUCCAAGCUUGCUGUGUGUCUGGCCCACCGUGAUUAUCUAUUUAUUAUGAUGUCCUAUUUAUGUUAACUUAUUGGUGCUUUAAAUGGUAAAGUUAAUCCCUUCCCCUGCUUCCUACCCAGCAGGGAACCAGAGCUGAGCCUCUUGGCAGGGCCUGGUCUAGAAGCUGACAUGUUACAAGUGGAAUUAGCCUUACAGGUGAAGCUCAGAGGGGGUCAGAGUCUGAGACAUCUGGCUAGAGUUCCUGCUCCCUUCUCUCUAGACUUGGGGGUGUCAGGGACAGGCAGCAGGGGCUGGACCAGUUUGUGGAGGGGAAGGAGCUCUCUUUCCCACCGUGCUCUUUAGCAUCCCCUGGAAUUGUGCUGUGUUGGCACCAUUCACAGUGGAAAUGAAUGGCCCUGGGGGAGUGGGCAAGGCUGCUCCCAUGUCUUCUUUAUCACACAAUGGGAAUGAGCCUGACCCAAGACCCUGCACACUCUUGCAUGGUGGAGAAGCUCCUCGGGUGGCUUAAACACCCACCAAGUGUGUGUGCAGGAUGUUGGGGCAGUGUGCGGACUGAGGAGCUGCCCCUGUGCUCUGGAGCAGGGAAAGUGAGACCUGAGAUGCUUGGGAAGCAGACCAGGAAGCUGUGGUCCCUGCUACAGUGCCUCCUUCCCACUCCCACCCAUGUCUGGGCUCCCAGGCAGGGAACCCGAUCUGAUCUCUUCCUUUACGCCGGGGCCAGAAGAGCAGAGAAACGCCCUCGGUCUGGGAGCAAGAGAGGGAGGGAGGCAGCCAAACCAGGGCAGCUGCUGAGAGCAGCAUUCUGGCUGCUUCUCAAACCUUGAGCAGGCGGCAGUCCUAGUAGUUCAGGCACAAGAUUACGGUACUGAAGAUGGUACUUCACACUCACUUUGUACCUUUUUCUCUUAUUCUCUAAGCACUUUACCUGGAUGGCAGGUGGGCAGCCAGUGGGUGGGCCCCGAGGUCUGAGAUAAGGAAGGUUAGGAAUUGUGCGUCCCAACAGUGUGACUAAGAUGUUGCGCAUGUGGCCAAGGGGGUCAUAACAGUUGUGCCUCUUCUAAUGCUGUUUCAAUUUGGGUCACACCCCUGUCCCAAGAUCACAGCCUGCCACUCUUCUAUUCUUCUGCUCCUUUCGGCAUGUCUUGGGAAUGGCUGCACUUUCUGAGCCAAGCAAAAAGAAAGACAGCUUGUCUGGAAUCCAGGAUGGAUGAUUCCGUAGCCUGGGGCCAGCUCAGCUUGCCAUCAUCCCAUCUCCCUGUGGACAUGGAUUCCCUGGCCUGGACCCACCUGGCAGCCUCAAAAGGCUCAGGACCAACAGAAUCUUCUCCUUCCCUGCACAACCCCUGGCUCCCUGACCUCUCUGUCCAGCCUGGACUCUGCCUGAAGGACUCAAUCCUCAGUGUUCUUUCUAGAUCUAAUUCCGGCAGAUCGGCGCCCACUUUGCACAGUAUCACUGAAUUAUGGAGCCUUUAUGUGAACAGCUUUGCGAGCAGUACAUUUCCAUGUUUUUGCCUAUUGGUAUUAACUCCCACCUGGCAUGGUGGGUCAUGUGCCUGGGCUAGAGGAUAAAGGAUGGAUCUUCUGCAGAGGAUGGGCUAGACAGUCAUUUUGCAGUUUAUCAAAAAAGAAGUAUAGGGGUCCUUAUUUAUUAUUUAAAAAUUUAAACCACAAAGGCACUGCUAGUUUACUUGGCUCUCCUCAUCCUCUUUCUUAUCCCCAACCCUAAUUAAGUCAGUUCAGCCCUGCUUUGCCAGGUCUCCAGAGCAGACUUAGUGAAUGGGGUUGGAGCCUCAGAAUCUAGCGAGGUAGCAAUUUCCUUUCAGAUAGUACAGAUGUUCCUAUGUCAGAAUAAUCUAGAGCCCCCAUACCUGGCCCUGGUACCUGGGCUCCAUCUCCCAUUUGCACUGCUAGCUCAGUGGGCCUACUGUGGGGCCUUAGAUGUUUCCCUCCUUCCUUUCCACUGGAAAGGACUUGGCCUUGGCUGAUAAAUUCCUCUUUGAUGAAUGUACCCUGUGGGAAUGUUUCAUAAAGACAGAUUAUUUUUAUUUAUUCAAUGUCAUAUUUAAAAUAUUUAUUUUUUAUACUAAAGGAAUACUUUUUUAAGAAAAAAGAGAAACUAAUAAAGAAUCUUGGCAAGUA